GUGGUGGGCGUGCCGUGCACAGUCCCAGCCGCAGCAGCCGUGUCACUGAGGCGGCCGAGUGCUUGGCCGAUUGAAACGCAGUGGCAGUCGGCUCGGGCACAUGCGCGAGCGGAGAUAAGGUCAGCGCAGCUCCAACAUGGGCUGGCCCUUGCGGGCGGAGUUGCAGCGGUGGGGUCGAGAUCCCGGCAUCGGAGACACGCGAACAAGGUUUGCUGCGCUGCGACGUCCGAGGACGAGGAGGCAGCGGAGCAGUUGGCAGCGCUAGAGGCCGAGCUGGAAGCUUUAGAGGAUGAGAUGGAGGAGGAGCGACAGGAGCGAGUCAGGCGAGCCGAUCAGGAUCAGGCGGCGGCCAUGAAUAAGAUCAACGCAAAGUUUGACUCCAUCUCCGCUCCGUCGCAGUCCUCGGUGACAGCGGGGAGGGGGGCUUCUUCCCACGGCCUUGGCUCCGUGGCGCUGUGCGGCACGGGGGAGGUCGCCGAGCAGCUCCUCGAGCGGCUAAAGAAGGAGGCACCGGACAACCAGCAGCCUGUGUUUCUGAAUUUGGCGGACGUGUCAAG